CCCAUUGACGAUGAAAGAAACCCUGAAUAUAUUACAAUCCCUUAUGACGCAAAGUUCAUUGCAUACAUUCCUUAUGGUCGCAGAGGAACGAAAACUAUUUCAACAAAGAACAAAAAUUAUUUCUGGAGCGAUGAAGAAAAUUGCCUUAUCUACAUAAAUGCAUACUUAAAUAAAGCUACAUAUUGUACAAAAGAAGGUUGGACUGGAUUUGAGCUCUACAUAUACGACGACGAUGGAAACAGACGUUGUGUAUACCCAUACGAUAAUAUGUACCAUUGUUUUCAUCAAGCAUUAAACGAAUACAUAGUCAGUAAGGGUCUCAUUCCUGCUGAGUAG